GGGCGUGCUGGUGCCGGAGAACGCGGAGAAAACAUCGUGGCGAACGGAGGUUUUUCUUGACCAGGGAAAAUGCUUCGGCGAGCUUGCACUGCAAAGCAACGCUCCCAGGGCCGCUUCGAUUCUCACCGCGGAAAAAACGGAGCUACUUUGCUUACGGAAGCACGACUAUGACGAAUGGAUUGGGC